AUGAAGGAGAGCGAGCCGCGCGGCUUGGCGGGACCCACGACCCUCCGGGAGGCAGCGGGUUCCGUGCUCCCUCUCCGCGUUCGAGCGUCAGUCGACAGAAAAAUCGACAGUGGAGACUUGUACGACGCACAUCAACUUGUCCGCACGCUCUUCUUCAGGUUUAUGGCCAAGCGCGAAUCCACGCAGGCUGUCGAGCUCUGCCGCGUCUACGGCCUUCGGUUUGCAGGGCUAGACCAGGAGGCCCUCGCCGUCGAUUUGGGCAUGAACAUGCUGACUGCGUUGGAAGCCAGUCGGCAAGCGGAGGACGGCGCGCCGCCGAGUGACGAGCAGCUCGGGCAGGUCAUCGAGCUGUUCAACGCCUGCGCAGCAGCAGGAGGAAAGAAAGGCGUCGACAAAUACAAACUCAUCAAUCGCGCUCUCAAAUGGUCUCGAUCCCCUCAGUCGCCUUUCGGACACGUCCGGCUCCACCGUGCAGCGGCGGAGGCGUACUGGAAGGAACAGCGCUACGGCCUGUGCCAAGGUCAUCUGAUCUACUGUCGAGAUCCGGAGGCGCUCUCGCAGAUGGUGAAGGAGUGGCAGGCGGCGGGGUACUUGAGCGAGCGGCCGUUCUUCUGGCUGCGCCUCAUCCUCAUCCUUCUCUGCCUACGCGACACAGAGACUGCCGAGAAAGUCCUUGGCGGCUCAGGGGAAAAUUGGGACUCUUCGGAGGUGCCUGCGCCGCUUCAGCUGGCCUAUCUUCUGGUCUGCGCAUGCAAGUACAAGAGCGGGAAACUUUUCGACCUUUUGAAGCAAAAGUACCACCUCGUUCUUCGACGUGACGAAACGUUUGCCAAGUACAUGGACGAGAUCGAGAAACGGACCAUCGGAAGAAUCCAGAGACCGAGCGUGGGCCUCGCGUCUCUGUUCUCCUCGCUCAUGGCGAGCCUGUCUGCUGACGAUGAGUCGUAG